GUCCAGUUCACUUCGAAACUGACAACCGACGGACCACAGUCACGCUUCCCACUCUCUGAACCCGGCUUCAUACAAGCAAGGUGAAUCAUGAGCAGCAGCUACAGCGUCUCCCUGGCUGGUCCUGCCCCCUGGGGCUUCAGACUGCAAGGAGGGAAGGACUUCUGUUUGCCUCUCACCAUCUCACGGCUGACUGAGGGGGGCAAGGCAGACCAAGCCAAGAUGAGUGUCGGAGACAUCAUUCUUUCCAUUAAUGGCAUUUCCACGGACAGUAUGAAUCACCUCGAGGCCCAGAACAAGAUUAAGGCCUGCACAGGCAAUCUCAGCCUCACUCUACAGAGACCCUCCAAUGCUCCUAAAGAUGGAGUGCCUAAGGACGAACCUCAAGAAAUCAUUAAGCCUGUCCCAAUCACUAAACCUGCCCCAAGCACCACAUACACCAAGCCAUCAAGUCAGCCCAGUCCUGCAUACAACAAGACAGCUCGGCCGUUUGGGGGGGACAGCAGUGUGGCUACAGCUUCUUCUUCCCCAGCUGCUCCCAAAGUAGCCUCCAUUCCUUCUGAAUCAUCUGCUUUCACGCCAGCUGCCCCUUCUCAGCCACCACAGCCUCCAUUUCCACUGAAGUCCAGCCUCCCUGCCCCAGACUCAGCUCCAGCCAACUCAGUUUCCAGGCCCAGCCCUGCUCGCUCCACCUUCACAUCCCCAUCCGCCUCUUCCUCUUCAUCUAACUCCUCCUCCCCAGCAAGAGUGACAGCACCCUCCUCCCAUCCCACUGUCCCACAGCCCUCCGUCUAUAACACACCUAUCAACCUCUACUCUAAUGCCAAUGCUUCUGAGGUUGCUAUGGGACAGAGACGAGGUCUUUUGGAGAGCCAGGGGCUGUCAGACCACUUCAAUGGGAAACCUGUUGUAGAGCCUGAGAAUCACGCAUCCCCACUGAGCGAUGCCAGCAAGAAGCGUCUGAUUGAGGACACGGAGGACUGGCACCCCCGAACGGGCACCUCCCAGUCCCGCUCCUUCCGUAUCCUGGCCCAGCUCACUGGCACUGAAAAUGAGCAAGUUCCAGAGAACAGUGGAAAGAAUGAGGCAGUUGACAAAACCACUCCUGCUGUGCACACGUCGCCUGCAGCGAAAACAUAUUCCAAAUCUGCAGCAGCACCCAGGAAUGGCAACGUUGUCCCUGCUUCCACAUUCAAGAGCCCUGCAGCCCAGAGCAAGCCCUCCUACCAGCCCGGAGGUCCAUCAGGUUUUCCUAAGGGUGGAGCAGCUCCUUCGUUUGGCAAAGUAACCAAUCCUGCUCCCAAAGGUCCGGACCGCCCCACCCCGCAGCCACAUCCAGAGGACCUCAACUCUCUGGUGCAGCGGGCUGAGCACAUCCCAGCUGGUACACGCACCCCGAUGUGUAGCAAGUGCAACAACGUUAUCAGGGGCCCAUUCCUUGUGGCCAUGGGCAUGUCAUGGCACCCCGAGGAAUUCAACUGUGCUCACUGCCACUCCUCCCUGGCAGACCGUGGAUUUGUGGAGGAGAGAGGCCAGGUGUACUGCGAACGCUGUUACGAGCAGUUCUUCGCUCCCACCUGCGCCCGCUGCUCCCAGAAGAUUCUGGGGGAAGUCAUGAAUGCCCUGAAACAGACCUGGCAUGUGUUCUGUUUUGUGUGUACCGCCUGCCAACAGCCAAUCAGAAGCAACAUGUUUCACAUGGAGGAUGGGAGGCCAUACUGUGAAAAAGACUACUACAACCUGUUUGGGACCAACUGCCACGGCUGCGACUUCCCCAUCGAGGCAGGGGACAAGUUCCUGGAGGUUCUAGGAUUCACCUGGCAUGACACCUGUUUUGUGUGUGCGGUUUGCUCUACUAAUCUGGAAAGUCAGCCAUUCUUCUCCAAAAAAGAUAAGCCUUUGUGCAAGAAACAUGCCCACACUCUCAACAUCUGACCUGCCUCUGUGAAUAUGAACGGCAUAGGGCAAUGGUGUCAGUUUACAGCAAUUUAUAUUUCAGUCAGAUAUUAAAUAUUUUCAGAGAUAAAACUGAUUUUAAAACUGAUUAGUUUGUCUAUUGUGUUAGAAUAAUGUUGGGUCAGAGGUUCCACUGUAAGCUUUAUUUUUGCUAUAGUAUUGUUUGAAUUUGCUCAUUGAUUAUUUCAUUUCAGCUUUCUGGAGUACAUUUGAAUACACUGUUAGCCCCCUCUGCCAGUUCUAUAUCUGUGCAAGUGGAUAUUUAUAUGUGUUUGUGCUGGGAUUUUUAUUUGUGUGGGUGGUGUGUUAAGCUCUUGGUGGGCAUUUUAGUCUAACACAGAAUAGGAUACAUGUAGUUUACUGCAAUGACCUACUGAGCCCCUCGGGAGUCGCAUAGUCAAAAGCAAAAGUUGAUGUGGAAAGCUAUGUUGUGUUAGUAAAGUGAGUGCAAGGUUUAGAAAUUAGAAUUAUUUAAGUGGAAAAAUAUUUAUUUGAAGCAAGGAGCACUCAGUUAAUGUGUUGUGGAAACAAAAGACUUAUGGAAAAUGGAAAAUUUUAUUAUUAUUAUUAUUUUAUUAUUAUUUUAAAGUAAUAUGUUUUUUAAUCAUUUCCACUAAACAAAAGCACAAAUUGGUAAUGUACACAGCAGUGUGUAAAUUAGACACUGCAUAAGUUCGGUUUUAUAGUUAAUGCAUGACAAUGAUGAGGAUAAAGUAUAGCCCAGGAGUACUGGGCUCUGAAGAGGCUCUGUAAUAAUAAGACAGACCAGGAAGUGAUGUUCAGCUGUUUGUUUUUAUUUUUCAAAGCCUGUAAUUCAGGAGCAAAGAAGUUAGUGUGCAUGCUUAUAGUGAACACGCACCUAAAAAUGUAUUUCAUUCAAGUAGUUUCUGACAUUAAAAUACUAUUAGUUAGAAUUCUAUGUUGAUAAAUUCUUAGUUAAUGUGUUUAUUAAUUUUAUUAUUAUUUUUUAAAACUUUUUUUCACAUUGAGGACCUGAACCCUCAACUGUGGCAGUGUAUAUGCUAUACUCAUUUACCCGUCAGGACUUUGUCAUGUUGUCUCACUGAUUUUUUUUUUUUUUGUGAUGUUUUGGUAGAAUUCAGUCAAUUAACACAAAACAAUUUUUAAUAUAUACUUCCAGAAGCUGCUGUCAGCAUUAAUUUUGUCUUGCACAAUUUCUAUGUAUAGAAAAAGACAGUUUGUAUUUGUGUUGGAUAUUUUCUGAUUGGACAUUGUGCUUAAAUCAGCACUUCUCUUCUUACUUUCAUUUCAAAUAAAAGGGUUCAACAGUGAGUACAUGAAACAACA